GGGGAGGGUCUGGGAAUGGGGUGCAGCGGGACUUUGCGGGAGGACCGUGCGUGAGCACAUCCUUGCGCCCAGGAGCGCCCGAGGGGGAGGCGUGAAGGCAGGGCUGAGUGGGCGGAAGAGUGCCUAGGCUGAGAUAUGGCUACAAGUCGCAAAACAGGGCAUGUGCAGCUGCCCCGAGCGGAUGCCAUUUGGUCACGUCUCAUUGACACGUUCUCACUCAUUGAGCAUUUGCAAGGCUUGACCCAAGCCGUGCCACGGCACACAAUCCGGGAGUUACUUGAUCCUUCCCGACAGAAGAAACUAAUGUUGAGGGAUCAACAACAACUGGUGCGCUUCUCCAUAAAGCCGCAGCACGAGGGACGGAUUUCGCACGCCCAGAGACUGCUGAGCAGACUUCACGUGCGCUGCAGUCCGAGGCCGCCCCUCUCCCUGUGGGCUGGAUGGGUGCUUGACAGCCCUCUCUUCAAGAACUUCAUCAUCUUCCUCAUCUUUCUGAAUACAAUAGUGCUGAUGGUUGAAAUAGAAUUGCUGGAAUCCACAAACACCAAUCUCUGGCCAUUGAAGCUGACUGUGGAGGUGGCAGCUUGGUUUAUUUUGUUGGUUUUCAUCCUGGAGAUCCUACUUAUGUGGCUAUCCAGUUUUUUCCUCUUCUGGAAGAGUGCCUGGAACGUCUUUGACUUUAUUGUUACCAUGUUGUCCCUGCUUCCGGAGGUUGUGGUGUUGGUAGGGGUGUCAGGCCAGUCUGUGUGGCUCCAGUUGCUGAGGAUCUGCCGAGUGCUGCGGUCUCUUAAACUCAUUGCACGAUUUCGUCAAAUUCGAGUUAUCAUUUUGGCCGUGGUCAGGGCUCUCAAGAGCAUGACCUUCCUCCUGAUGCUGCUGCUCAUGUUCUUCUACAUCUUUGCUGUCACUGGCGUCUUUUUCUUCGAGAAGUACACCCGUUCAACUCGUCAGGACCUGGAAUACAGCUGGUUUUUCUCGGACCUGCUGAAUUCCCUCGUGACAGUAUUCAUUCUCUUCACCUUGGAUCAUUGGUAUGCACUCCUCCAGGAUAUCUGGAAGGUGCCUGAAGUCAGCCGCUUCUACAGCAGUGUUUAUGUCAUCCUUUGGUUGCUGCUCGGCUCGAUUAUCUUUCGAAAUAUCAUAGUAGCCAUGAUGGUUACUAACUUCCAGAAUAUCAGGAACGAACUGAGCGAGGAGAUGACGCAUCUGGAGGUUCAGCACAAAGCUGACAUAUUCAAGAGGCAGAUCAUCCAAAGAAGACAAAACCUGUCCCCUGACGCACUGAGGUCAAGCCACAGCAAAAUCGAUACCAGAGCUGCCAGUCAACCUAGGGAGUAUGCAUUCUCCAAAGCUUCUAAAAAGUCUAAACUCUCAGAUAACGAAGAGAAUUUAACAGCCUCUGUGUCAAAAACAAAGGACUUCUUGACAAAAAAUGAGUUCCCAUCUUCCUCCUCUACCUCCUCCGUGUCCUCCACCUACUCCUCGUCUUUUGAGUCGACGUUUCCUGCUGGUAUCGGUCAGCUGGACUGGGAAACUCUUGUACAUCAGAACCUGCCGGGGCUAAUGGAAAUGGAUAAGGAUGACCGUGUUGUUUGGCCCAGAGAUUCACUCUUCCGAUACUUUGAGUUACUGGAAAAGCUUCAGUAUAACUUAGAGGAGCGUAAGAAGUUGCAAGAAUUUGCAGUGCAGGCACUGAUGAACUUCGAAGAUAAGUAAACCUGACCGUGGAUGGCUUCUAAGUCUUUGGGCCCAGCAAAAAAGACAACGAAGAGAAUAGUUGGCAAUAGAGACCUCAAUUAUAAUUUUCUAAUAAAUACUGCUAGUAAAUGUU